CCAUCAUGAAUUUUCCCACAGUUGUGAUUGUGAACAGCCAUGGUUUCACUGGUUGUAGUGGCUGUAUUUCUCCUCCAGGGGGCUCUCUUUCAGCCCCCUCAGGCUGCAGCAUUCAAAGUCCUUCCUGCUGAUGGAUCCCUCACACAUCAUCAAAUCACUGAGGCAGCUUUCCUCCGCAAGAUGGCAGAAGUGUGCCGUGACGUAGCCGCUGCCCGGGGGCGGGAAUUUACACUACCUAUCAACAACAAAUUGACAGCAACUGACGUCCAGAGAGCCUGCUCAAAUUCAUAUUCCUCAUUAUUAAAAAUAUCCACUUUCAGUCUGGCAAUUUCUCAGACUUCCAUUAGCAAUAUAGCUGUGGAUAGAAAGCAGUUCAGCACUGCUCAUCAUUUUGAUAAUGAAGAUUUCAAAAAUGGACGGGACCUCAUCACUCAGGGCAUUGCUGCAGUGAAAGUCAGCAUGAAAAAGGGCAGAUAUUUGUCUGCCCGCUCCAGUCUGGGGGCUGCAUGUCAUACUUUACAGGAUUUCUAUAGCCACAGUAACUGGGUGGAACUGGGAAGCACUGCUCCUUUCAGCCCCCUGAUCAGACCUGAACUUCCUCUCAUCAAUCUAGCAGGUCCUAAUACAAAAACAUGCAAAAGCUGUGUUGGAAAAGACUGCAGUGACAACAUUCUCCAAGAGGUUUUGCAGCAGAAGAUCUUAACUUCAGGAUAUUUCAGGAUUUUACUCUCAACCAAACCUGGAGGCAAGUGUAGCCAUGGCGGCCUUUUUGAUAGCACCAGUUAUAGAGACCCCACCGGAGGUAUCAACAAGGAUGACAUCAGCUCAAGUCACGGCUUCCUUCAUAAGCGUGCCGCUGAAAUGGCCAUCAAUGCUACUAUUGAACUGCUGGAAGACAUCCGAGUAGCAACAGGCAAUGUAACCUUUCUUCGACUGAUGGGCCUGAGUCAGACCUCAGUUCUGGCUUUUGUGUUUGACACCACGGGCAGUAUGUCUAAUUACAUCGCAGAGGCCAAGACAGUGACCUUCAGUAUCAUAGACAGCAGGAGAGGAACAUCAGAGGAACCUUCAGAAUAUAUUCUAGUCCCAUUUAAUGACCAGGGUUUUGGACCUCUGAUGAAAACUGAAAAUGCAGAUACAUUUAAAGAGCGAAUCAAUUCCCUUUCAGCAUCUGAUGGUUCAAAUCCAGGGAUGUGCCUUUCAGGACUGCUGUUGACACUGACACAAGCUCAUCCAUCAUCAGACAUUUUUGUUUUCACUGAUGCUUCAGUAAAGGACACAGAAUUAAAAAGCGCAGUUGAGGCCAUGAUACAAAUCACCAAGUCAACAGUCACUUUCCUGCUGACAAACUCCAUCUCGUCGCGUAGUCAGCAGAAUGUCUCGCUAUCAAGAUUAUUGUCUCAGUCAGACAUACAGCUGUACAGAGACCUGGCCCAUAUUUCUGGUGGACAGACCAUAGAGGUCACAAACUCUACACUGUCUCAGGCCACUGCAGUCAUUACGGAUGUAAUCGCCGCUGGCCUGGUGACUGUUCUUUACAUAGAGAGAAGUCCAGCCAUUUCAGAAAACUUUUCUUUUGUGUUGGAUCCAUCUCUGUCCAAUGUGACUGUGUAUGUCACCGGAGACUCUCCAGUCUUUACCCUCUACAGCCCAACAGGUGUGUCUCAGUCAGGUUCAGUGGCAAAUGGUCCUCUGGGUAGCAGCUUGACUAUAGGGAAUCUAAAGAGAUUAAAAAUCCGCUCUGACAACCAGACAGGGGAAUGGAAGAUUAGAAUCAGCUCCACAAGUUCCUACACCCUGAAAGUCAUCGGUCAGAGUUCUGUGGACGUCCUCGUUUACUUUGUGGAGAUAAUUGAGGGAGGUCAUGGAGACUCAUGGGCACAGAGUUUCACCCGGCCUUUUAUUGGUCGGAAAGCUACUUUGUUUGUCUCUGUGACCGGAGGAGAUUCAGUCACAGUGACUGACGUGCUUCUAGUUGAAGCUUCAGGAUCUGAUGUUGUUAAUGGAACCAUCAAAGCAGUGGGAGCGACAGACUUCCUGGUGAACGUAGACAGAAUCCCAGAGGGGGCAUUUGUGGUCCAACUUAAAGGGCUGUUGAAUAACUCCUUGUCGACUAGUCGAUUCCAGAGACAGUCACCCACCCAAUAUAAAGGAUCUAGAAUAACCAUCACGGCCCAAUCGCAGAACAUUGCACAGCCUGGAGUCCCAUUCAGUCUCAACUUCACAGUGACCUCUAACACUACAGGCGGCAACUACACUAUCAAAGCCCGGUCUGACCUGGGCUUCAGCGUGUCUUUUCCCCGCUAUCUGAUCCUUGUGGCAGGAGGAAGUGCUCAGGGAAGCGUCACACUGACUGCAUUCUCCGAUACCGAGUCCGGGACAGAUUUCACACUCACUAUUGAGGCAGAAGCUCCGGGCUCCACCGACCUCAAUUAUGCCAUUCUGCAUCUCACUGUCUCCACAGCAAAUGCUAUUUUCAGUGGAUUUUACUCACUUUCCAUGUGUCUUUCUUUCUCCUGUUUUUUUGUAUCCCAUUUUGUAUGAUUCUAAAUUGUAUUUAGCACAGCAUGUAACAUUGUAUGUUGCCGCCUUUACUUGUCUUGAAUUGUCAGGUUUAAAAGAGUCUUUGUAAAUAUUUAAUAAUUAAGGUUAAGAUUUACUAUUGAAAUUUCACUCUCACUUUCUGUAGUAAGUGAACAGGUGUGUUUGAGACUUGAUUUGUGGGUAAGCUGUGGUUUCAACAGUAAUGUAGACUCUAUUCUUGAUCUUUUUUUAGAAGUUUAUUAAAGAUAAAGUUCAUAUCAGGGGGA